GUAUCGCGGGGCGGCAGCGCGCUCCUCCCCAGCCCGCGGUGCACUCGGUUCGGAGCAGCGGGUCCGUGUCAAUCCGCUAAAUAUGAGACAACUUGACACAACUCUUCUUUUCUUACCUUGUCCAACCAGUAACCUCACGGACUAAUGGGGCUUAUUCUGCUGAGCCUGAUUCUCCGCUACUGGAUCAGCAGCGUGGAAGGAUCAUGUUCGACUGGCAGCGCUGGGACUUGUGACCAAUGUCUGCAGCUCAGCCCUCACUGUGCCUGGUGCACACAGGAGAACUUCACAGACUGGUUCUCAGUCAGCGAAAGAUGUGACACACUGGAUAUCUUGGUGGAAAAGGGAUGUGCCAGGAGCCAGCUGCAGUUCCCCGUCUCCGAAGGUCAGAUCCUCCUUGAUCUCCCGCUCGGGAAGAAGACAGACAGCGCUAACAGCACCCAGAUCUCUCCACAGAAGAUGGCCCUCAAGCUGCGAGCUGGCAGUCAGGUGACGUUCCAGGUGAAGAUCCAACACACAGACGACUAUCCCGUGGACGUGUACUAUCUGAUGGACCUGUCAGCGUCCAUGAUCGAUGAUCUGGACAUGAUCAAAGACUUGGGCUCCUCUCUGUCUAAAGAGAUGGCCAACCUCACCAGCAAAUUUCGCAUGGGCUUCGGCUCCUUCGUGGAGAAACCUGUGCUUCCUUUCAUCAGGAUCACAGAGAAGGAGCUGGCCAACCCCUGCAGUGGCGUGCGCUCAACCUGCCUGCCAGCGUUCGGCUAUAAACACGUCCUGUCUCUGACGAGCAGAACCGACGAGUUCAACGAGAUCAUUGCGAAGCAGCGUGUGUCCGCGAACAUCGACCUGCCGGAGUGCGGCUUCGAUGCUGUCAUGCAAGUGGCCGUUUGUGGGGACAAGAUAGGCUGGAGGAAUGACUCCAUGCGUUUGCUGGUGUUCGUCAGUGAUGCCGACUCACACUUCGGGAUGGACAGCAAGAUGGCCGGCAUCGUGAUUCCUAACGACGGCCAGUGUCACCUGGAUGUCAACAAUGAGUACUCCAUGUCCACGGUGCAGGAGUAUCCGACUCUCGGUCAGCUGAUUGAUAAAGUCAUGGAGAACAACAUCCUGCUGAUAUUUGCUGUGACGAAGGAGCAGACACACAACUAUAAGAACUAUGCAGAUCUCAUACCUGGCGCCACAGUCGGAGCCGUGGCCAGUGAUUCGAGGAACAUCCUGGAACUGAUUGUAACCGCGUACAAAGAACUGCGCUCCGAGAUCGAACUGGAGGUCCACGGAGACACAGAGGAGCUGCAGAUGUCCUUCACAGCCAUCUGCCCCAAUGGUACUGUCCUGCCUGACCUAAAACGCUGCUCCAACGUCAAACCAGGGGAGACGGUCGUGUUCAAUGUGACCGUGGAGCUCGCGGGAUGCCUGUUGGGGGUCCGGCACUUCUCCCUCAAAGCGGUGGGCCUGCAGGACAGCCUGGAGGUGGAACUGGAGUCUCUUUGCUCGUGCGACUGCCGGCAGGCUCCUGAAGCAAACAGCAGCCAGUGUAUCGAGGGCCUGGGGGAGUUCCAGUGUGGGGUGUGCUUGUGCCAGCCCGGGUUCCUGGGAGCGCAGUGCGAGUGCAACGAGGAGAGCAUUUUGUUGAGCAACUGCCUCGCCAGCAAUGAGUCCGCAGUCUGCAGCGGUCAAGGGCAGUGCUACUGCGGCCAGUGUGUGUGUCAUGCAUCCAGCUUCGGCCGCAUCUACGGACCUUACUGCGAGUGUGACAACUACUCCUGUCUUCGCUUCCGGGGAGAACUCUGUGGAGGCCACGGAGUGUGCGACUGUGGAGAGUGUCACUGUCACAGUGGAUGGACGGGGGAGUACUGCAACUGCAGCACCAGCACUGAAGCGUGCAUGUCGGAGGAUGGCACUGUCUGCAGCGGCAGGGGGAAAUGCAAGUGUGGCCAGUGUGCCUGCGCUGUACCCGGAGCGUCUGGGGACAAGUGUGAGAAGUGCCUGACAUGCGGAGACGCCUGUAGCUCUGCAAGGAGCUGUGUGGAGUGUCACCUCCUAGAUAAGGACGAGGCUGAGCUGUGUGAUCAAAGGUGCAGCGUUCCUAAAAUGUCCAUCAACACAACAGAAGAUUAUGACAAGACCUCCUCUUUGUCAUGCACGCUGAUGACGGAGAACGAGUGCUGGAUCUCUUUUGAUGUGGUGGAAAGUGAGACAGGUACCACUGCCUACAACCUCCAGAUGUACGGGUGCCCGGAGCCCCCGAACAUCCCCAUGAUCAUCCUGGGAGUCUCCCUUUCCAUCGUGUGUAUCGGCCUGAUCCUGCUGGCUGUGUGGAAGGUGCUGGUGUCGGUGCACGACCGUAAAGAGGUCGCCAAGUUUGAGGCGGAGAAGGCAAAAGCGAAAUGGCAGUCGGGGACCAACCCUUUGUUCAGAAGCUCGACGUCCACCUUCAAAAAUGUAACUUACAAGAACACGCAGAGAGAAAAGACUAUAACCAUGAAUUCCUACUGAUGAUAAACUGGAGACGAUGCAAACCAACAUCUGAGUGCACUUAAGUGUGUGUGUGUGUGUGUGUCUGUGUGUAUCUGUGUUUGUGUGUGAGUGUGUGGAUAAUAGACUGUAUAUAAAGAUGGACGACAUCACUGCUCCCCAAAAGUGAAGCCAAAGCGUCUUGAUUGCCCCCUGGUGGCCGCCUGCUUUUUAGGUCAUAAUCUCUGCCUCUUCCAUGGUAGUGGAUGGUACAUAGGCCGGACUAAAAUUGACAGUAUUCAUCAAAUAUGUUUUUCUGAAAGAUGGUUUCUGUCAUUUUAGGUAGUUCCAAUCACACAGAUGUUUAUUCAAGUGUUCACUUGAAUUAAGUUUAGAUUUAAUUAGUCAUUAGAUGCUAUACAAACGGGGUUAAUGUCAUGAUUCACGGCUGAGACUGAGUCACCAUUGGUUGAGAAUGUGCCUGGGCAGGACCUCGCCACCGCUUCCUCUGGCUGCAGCUGCUCAAGAUGGCAGCAUACGUAUCUGGCUUUUGCUUAAUUUCUGUAUAGUGUAGAGAAGUGGAGACAUGUCGUCCAUCUUUGUUUACACUCUGUUGCGUGGAUCUAUCUCUGUGUUGAUUUGGAGAUGCCAGAACACAGUAGACGACACUGUGAAUGGAUGAACACUACAUGAUGAACUUGCUGCUGUCAAAGUGCACUGUCCAUGUACUAAACACUGCACCCUCCUGUUGCAUGAUCCUGCAAACUCACUCUGAUGUUUGUCCACUGUAACAUGCAGCUUGAAAGGAGGAGUCUACACUACGAGUGGUCUACUACUGAAAAAUGUCCUUAAUUUUAAUGAUUGUAAAUAUACUGGUGGAUGAUUGUGAUUUUUUUUAUUUUAUAUAUUGUGCUUGAUGUUUUAUUUCAAAGAAAGGCUGAGCCUUUAAUGUUUUUUAGUGACAUGGCACAUAAAUAAAGCAAAGUUCUGACUUAUUGUGAAA